AUGAGGAAACCGACCAAUUGGACAGCCAUCGCGAACACGUGUCCCGAGUUCAUCGCCAACGAAUGGGACGUCGUUCUCGCAGUCAUCGCCGUGAUUGGCCUUGUGUUCAGCUGUGUGAGUCCUUCGGAUAUACAGCAGAAAAGGCAGCAACCAAUCAGUUUAGAUUCUGAGCUAUCGACUCAAAAAGGAGAUGAAAGGAUCCACGUUCCUGUUCAUACUUUCGUUCAUCGACAUUCUCUACUGCCUUCUUUACAUCUGCAAGUACGUUCUCAAAAGUGCUGCUUUGUACUAUCGCAGUGAAGUGAGUAUUUGUUUCUUUCAACUCUCCUACUGACCCCUAUCAGAUAUUGGCCGGAAUCGCAACAAACAGCCAGAUAAAAUUGAUCGAAGAAUACGGAAAUCUCUUCAUUCCUCCACUCGUCUUUUUCAUCGUUUUCGAAAAGUUUCUCUGGACGUGCACUUCUGAAACCCGUCAAACUUGGAAGAUUAUUACUGUAGACAUCUUCAAAUACCGUCUUAUCUGGGCCACUUCAAUCAUUGCUUUCGCAGCAACUGUGGCGACAUCAUGGAAUGUGAUGGUUUCACCAAUUCACUUUUGCUCCGUGUUCUUCUACACUUCUCCUCACAAGAUUUUGUGUAAGUUGUAGGAUACUGUAUUCAAUAUUCAUAGGUCAUCAGGCGUUUCAGUUUUGCGUGUUCUGGCUGACACUGUGAUCCCAGCAGUCGGACUCCUUUUGGCUCCAAUUACUUUCGUGUUCGCACUGAUUACAUUGUGCAGAAUCUCGCGAGUUGGUGAGGGAGAACGAGCAGAGAACGAGGAGGGAAUCAACCUGACGAACAUUGUGGCCGAGUCGCCGAAACUGUAAGCUUCUGCCUUAAUGAGAAGAGAAGAGAAGAGAAGAUUUCAGCACGACCGGAAAGAUCAAGAGAUCUAUUCUGUGCAUGCUCGCCGUCUAUUUCCUGUUCCUGGUCCGCGGUUUCUGCUGGUACGUCUACGUGAGCCCGCACACGUCGCCCAUUUUGGAAGGGAAAGAAACUCCAGAAUCAGUGAGUCGUCAAGAUGAUAGUAAAGUAAGUAUAAUCAAGUUAAAACAUUCCAGUGCGCAGAUGGUCGUAUGACUUUAUGAAUGUAGUUUUCUGCGGAUCUCGACUAGUACUCUACUACGUGUUCUGUCGAAAUAACAUGAUCGUUGACUACCCUCCGAAUGCAUUUGAAAAGAACUAACUGUGUUAGCUGCUAAACACUUUUGGUUGAGUUAAUUAGUCAAUAAAAUGUCAGUAUAAUUUCGAUCUUUCGAAGAAUGACAAACAUUGGUUCGAAAGAGAAAGUAAUCAUUUGGCCGGCGCCACUACAAAGUACGUAUUUGCCCGUUGCUUCCCCGUUACGUUCCUGCGGGGACUGCACGGAAUUGUGUAGUCGCUUCCAACUAUAAAGAGACCAAUAGAUGUCCACACUCACUUACAACUCAAAAAUAUGUUACUUCUUUUAUUUUCCUCCUCAACUGUUCUGUAUCUUUUCUACGAACUUUUUUGGAAACGAAGAGCGUACCCUCCCGGUGAGUUUAUUUUUAAUUCAGUCCUUUCAUAUCAGAAUUUUAUAGGUCCGACGCCAUUACCACUUAUUGGGAACAUGAUCGAAAUGUUCUCUUAUCCUCCCCCGGGAACGGACGCUUUUGCUGCGUGGGCCCAGAAGUUCGGCAAGAUUUACACGAUCUGGAUGGGCACGGAACCGACAAUAGUGAUCAACGGGUACAAAGAUUUGAAGGAAACUUUUGUGAACGACGGAGAGAGUUAUGUGGACAAGAUGAUCUACAAGAAGUUGAACACCUCCCUUCGCGGUGGAGAUCACGGAGUUAUUGAUACGAAUGGGAACACGUGGAAGGAGCAUCGGAGGUUCGCAUUGCACACGAUGAGGGAUUUCGGAUUGGGAAAGGAGGCGAUGGAGGCGUCGAUUCAGUUGGAAGUGGACAAAAUAGAGGAAGAGUUGAGAGCAGCCGAAGGGAAGGAUGUCAACAUGCAGGAGGCUUUCGACAUGGCGAUCGGGAAUGUUAUCAAUCAGUUCCUUUUCGGACAUCGCUUCAGUGAUCCCACUCGAUUCAACGAACUCAAACGGCUUCUUGAUCUGUUUUUCGACUUCCAGGGCAGUCUCCGAGUCUACAUUGCCUACCUUAUCGGCUGGAUGCCACAGUUUAUGGUGGAACUGCUCACGCCUGAGUAAGUUCUGAGUUUUGACCGAGCCUUACCAACGAAGAAUGAAUAAUACUUUCAGUGUUGGUGAAGUUCGAGAUGGCAUUUUCACUUUCUUCAAAGAACAAAUCGACGAGCACCGGAAAGAAAUCGAUUUUGAUGCUGAAGAGAGUAAAGACUACGUCGAAACGUUUAUGAAAAAGCAAAGAAAGCGAGAAGCGGAAGGAGACCAGGAAUCGUUUUCCGAUGAUCAACUGAGGAACAUGUGCUUUGAUAUGUGGGUGGCCGGAAUGCACACAACCACCAACACAAUGGGAUUCCUGACCGCGAUUGCUGUGAACAACAUGGAUGCCCAACGGAAAAUGCAAAAGGAAUUGUCAGAAGUUGUUGGAGAUCGCGUGGUCACAAUGAAAGACAAACUGAACUUGCCGUACACGAAUGCAUUCAUCAAUGUAAGUGUCAUUCCCCAAAUUGUUGCUCAAUGUCAAGUAGCUCAGGAAGCUCAAAGAUUCACGAAUCUUCUUCCAAUCAACCUGCCGCAUGCAACAACGAGAGACGUCAAUCUCGCCGGAUACGUCAUCCCGAAAGGGACCGCAGUUGUCCAUCAGAUCAGCAGUGUUCUCAGUGAUCCAGAAGUGUUCCCGGAACCGGAAAAGUUCAAACCAGAAAGGUUUUUGAAUUCGAAUGGUUCGCUGAAAAAAGUUGAAGAACUUGUGCCAUUCUCGAUUGGAAAACGAGUGUGUCUGGGAGAAGGACUCGCUCGGAUGGAACUGUUUCUGUUCACUGCCAAUCUCUUCAACCGAUUCGAGUUUGCAGAGGGAACGAAUGGAUUGCCGUCGUUGGAGAAAACGUUUUCUUUCAUUUCGAAAGCGAAAGAUUAUACUUGUCGGGUCACACCAAGAUAUUCUCAAUAA